AUGAUGACUUCUCGUUUAAUACCGCGGACCACUGUCCGCUCGGCCUUCCGCACCCAGUCUUCCCUUCCCACAGUCACCAGCCCUUUGUCGCGAUGGAGAAGGGGUUUCGCCUCCCAAGCUGAGGAGAAGGACUUGGUCAUCAUUGGAGGCGGUGUCGCAGGAUAUGUCGCAGCUAUCAAGGCUGGUCAGGAAGGUCUCAAGGUUGCAUGUAUCGAGAAGCGCGGUGCGCUUGGCGGUACUUGCCUCAACGUCGGCUGUAUCCCUUCCAAGUCUCUCCUCAACAACUCGCAUCUUUACCACCAGAUCCUGCACGACACCAAGAACCGCGGUAUCGAGGUCGGCGAUGUCAAGCUCAACCUUCAGAACAUGAUGAAGGCUAAGGAGACUUCCGUCUCCGGCCUCACCAAGGGUAUCGAGUUCCUCUUCAAGAAGAACGGCGUCGAGUACAUCAAGGGAACCGGCUCCUUCGCCGACGAGCACACCGUCAAGGUCAACCUGAACGAUGGAGGCGAGACCAGCGUCACGGGCAAGAACAUCCUCAUUGCUACCGGUAGCGAGUCUACGCCCUUCCCCGGCCUCGAGUUUGACGAGAAGCGCGUCAUCACCAGCACCGGCGCCCUGUCUCUCGAAAAGGUUCCCGAGAAGAUGGUUGUCAUUGGUGGUGGUAUCAUUGGUCUGGAGAUGGGUUCCGUCUGGUCAAGACUGGGCGCCAAGGUUACUGUCGUCGAGUUCUUGAACCAGAUUGGUGGUCCCGGCAUGGACGCGGAGAUCUCUAAGCAGGCUCAGAAGCUGCUCAAGAAGCAGGGCAUUGACUUCAAGCUCGGCACAAAGGUCGUCAGUGGAGACGCUUCCGGCGAGCUGGUCAAGCUCGAGGUUGACGCCGCCAAGGGUGGCAAGCCCGAGACCAUUGAGGCCGACGUCGUCCUCGUUGCCAUUGGUCGCCGCCCUUACACCGCCGGCCUCGGCCUGGAGAACGCCGGCCUCGAGGUUGACGAGCGCGGCCGUGUCGUCAUUGACUCCGAGUACCGCACCAAGGCCUCGCACAUCCGCUGCAUUGGAGACGUGACCUUCGGUCCCAUGCUCGCCCACAAGGCUGAGGAGGAGGCCGUGGCCGCCAUUGAGUACAUCAAGAAGGGCUACGGCCACGUCAACUACGGUGUCAUUCCCUCAGUCAUGUACACCCACCCCGAGGUCGCCUGGGUUGGUCAGAAUGAGCAGGAACUCAAGGACCAGAACAUUCCGUACAAGGUCGGCACCUUCCCCUUCAGCGCCAACUCUCGUGCCAAGACCAACCUCGACACGGACGGCAUGGUCAAGAUGCUUGCCGACCCUGAGACCGACAGGCUACUGGGCUGCCACAUUAUUGGACCCAACGCCGGUGAGAUGAUUGCCGAGGCUACCCUGGCCCUUGAGUACGGUGCAUCUACUGAGGACAUUGCCCGUACAUGCCACGCCCACCCUACGCUGGCCGAGGCAUUCAAGGAGGCCGCCAUGGCUACCUACUCCAAGGCCAUCCACUUCUAA